AUGCGCGCUACGCACUACGGCCCAAAGGCGUUGGUGGUUAGUGUCCGUCCGAAGAUGCGUUGCACUCCGCCGGCAGCAUCAGUACCAGCUCCGGCGUGCCAAUAAAUACAACAGCGGCGGACGGAGGAGAAAUACCGGCGGUGUUUGCGGCUCGAGCGGCGCCGGUGCAUCUGAGCGGCGAGAUGGGAGACCAGAAGGAAUCUCUGCGUAAGAUCACCCACACGCUGGCCAUGAAGAAUGAGGAGAUUUCAAACUUUGUUUGCACUCUCAAACAGAGCCUCGACAACUUAGAGGCAAACUCCAGCCGAGUCCAGGAGGACUUGGAGUCUGAGUUCGCCUCUCUCCAUUCUGUCCUGGACGAGAUGAAGGAAAACAUGGUGACACGCAUCAAACAGGAGAGAGCCAGCCGCACAUAUGAGCUACAGAGUCAGCUGAGUGCCUGCUCCAAAGCCCUGGAGAGUUCAGAGGAGCUGCUGGAGCUGGCCAAUCAGACGCUCUGCUCCUCCACGACGGACGGUUUCAAUCAGGCGGCCAAAGACAUUAAGGAUAGCGUGACAAUGGCUCCAGCCUUUCGCCUCUCCCUGAAGGCUAAAGCCAGUGACAACAUGAGUCACUUGAUGGUGGAUUUCAGCCAGGAGAGGGGGGUGUUGCAGGGCCUCAAGUUUCUCCCAGUUCCAGCCACUCCAGAGAUCCAGGUCUCAGAGUGCCAGGUCUGCGACAACACGGUGACAGUAGUUUGGACCUUACCGGAGCCCGACACCAAGAUAGACCACUACAUUCUGGAGCAUCGACGCACAAACCACGAGGGUCCGCCGCGCAUCAGAGAGGACUACCCCUGGAUGGUUGUAGAGGGGAUACGAGAGCUGGAGCACACACUCACCGGUCUGCGCUUUGACACCCGGUUCAUGACUUUCAGAGUGAGAGCGUGUAACAAGGCCGUUGCAGGAGAGUUCUCUGAGCCGGUCACACUAGAAACCCACGCCUUCACCUUCAAACUGGAUGCUGCUUCUUCCCACCAGAACCUGAAGGUGGAGGACUUGAGUGUGGAGUGGGACAGCUGUGGAGGAAAGAUACAGGACAUCCGCAAAGAAAAGACCCGAACCAACUCCCCAAUGCACUCUCCAGCCAGGUCAGCCCUGAUGUCACCUAAGAGAGCGCCGACAGCCCGGCCCGGCAGAGACCGAUUCACAGCUGAGUCCUACACAGUGCUGGCUGACACGAUGAUCGACUCUGGCCAACAGUACUGGGAGGUACGGUUUGACAAGGAGAGCAAAGCCUUCGCUGUGGGUGUAGCCCUGCGGAGCCUCGGAAAAUUUGACCAGUUGGGGAAAAGCAGCGCUUCCUGGUGCAUCCAUCUGAACAACUGGCUGCAGCAGAGCCUCACAGCAAAGCACAACAACAAGGCUCGAACACUGGACUGUGCCAUCCCAAACACUAUAGGAGUCUACGUCAACUAUGACGAAGGUGUUUUGUCUUUCUACAACUCCAAAACUAAACAGCUGAUGCACACCUUUAAAACCAAGUUCCAGCAGCCGGUAAUACCAGCUUUCAUGGUGUGGAACGGCAGUUUUUCAGUACUGACGGGCCUACAGGUUCCCAGUUUGGUGCAAAGCGGCCAGAGGAAGAACAGCGGCACCAGCAGCUCCAACGCCAGCCUCACCUAGACCCAUCCACUCAGCUCUGCCCCACCACAGUCACCGCUGCAAAACAUCUGCCUCUGCCCUGGCUGCAGUCCAAGCCAUACCAUGCAAAAGUUACCUCCCUGGAGUAUGAUGGUCUAACCUGGUCCAGUGUCUGUGUUGCAUAACAACAAAAAACGUGAGUGAGUCAUCGUGCUGUCAGUGACAGUGACAGGUGUAUGACUCCGGCUGUUAAUGUUGUUGUUGUUGUUGUUGAUUGGGACGCAUUAGUCUUUCUAGUUUUUCCUCUCCCUUCACAUAUCAUUUAGCACUGUCCCACUGCUGCUAGAGCAAAGAUUUAGCGCUGGCCGCUGCCCUCCCUUCCUUGCCAUUACUAAAACUGUCAGUCGUACUGUCAACGCAGCCUGCUGCAGGUGCUGGGUCAAGGCCUGUCCUGGUCAAUGCCUGUCCUGUCUGCUCUCUCCCUGUGCCUUCUUCUCAUUUCCAAACCGAUAGGCCAAAUCGGGUGAUCCGUACCAAUAUUGUCUCCCCAUUUCCAUUUAAAAAAAACAACGUAUUGUGUCAGUGUCAUUAUAACCUGGUUGUAACGUAGCUUAUUGGUAAAUGAUCACCUACUGAAUCUGCCCUCUACCUAUCAACCAACCUAUUUAACCCAAAUAAAAACCUGCUCCUAGUCAAUGCUACUGAAUAGAAGGCUCAUUAAAGUUUGUUUAAAUCCAGAUUUUCAUUAAAUUUAUAGGAUUUAUUCAACUUUACUUUGCCAGGAACUAAUGGAUCAUAAGAACAACACAUAUCAUGGAUGUUGUAUUUCAUGCCAAGGCAUGCAAACUUAAUAGUGUUUACUGAAUUUCACUUUUUGUAGACGGGUCCCACACUUUGCGUGCAAGAUCAUUAAGCCUCCUCCUAAAGUUUUGUUAGUUUUAAAUCCAAGUCAGUGUUUGGUGUGGAGUUUAAUCUGACAGCCAGGCUCUGCUCAGAAAUUUAGAAGGGAGUUUUUAAUCAGUGUAACUCCAUAUAGAUGUAGGUCAUUAGAAAUGGCUGGAAUUUUGGAAAUGGCUGUACUGUAUUCAUUCUAUUCACCUGACUACACCCUCAUGCCUGUUUGUACAGUAUGUAUGUGUCUUUACCUACAG